AAUUUACCACCGCUCCUCGCCACCCUCCACUUCUCCAGUACUACUCUUCCACACACUACACAACAAACAAUCACGAAACCGCAAGCACACACGCAGGCAGACGCAUCCUCCUGCAGUCCUGCUCUGCCCGUCGCUCACAGGCGCUGCUGCCCCGUGCCAUUGCUGCCCCCACCUGUCUCUCUCCAGGCAUGGCCGGUGACCGCCGCGGCGGCUCGCCCACGGCGGAGCGCCGGCGGGGGAUCCGGCGCCUGCUGCUGCCCCGCGGGGACGCCUCGCCCUCCCCGCCGCUGCUGCCUCCGCCACCCGCGCCGGAGCACGGGCUGCUGCGCCGGAAGGGGUUCGCGUCCGCGGCGCUGCUGCGCGGGCUGGGCUGCGCGUCCGCCGCCGCCUCGCAGGCGUACGCGCCGGGCCCAGGCUCCGCGGCCGCGGCCGCCGUGCGGUCCUCCGCCGACUGGCACGGCCGGCGGCGGAAAGGGAAGGACAAGAGAAAGGAGAGGGGCGGCGGCGGAGGAGGAGGGGGGCUCGUGGCCGGAGGGAUCGGCGCCGACGUGUGGUGCGCCCCCGGGAUACCGUUCGCCGCCGAGGCCUCCUCCGUGGACUGCGUGGUCGCGCGGCACCAGAUGCUCGGCAGGGCCCGCGGCGGCGAGGCCGAGCGGCCGCCGCACAGAGAGAGGCCGUGCCUGUCUCGGCGGGCGAGCAUGCAGGAGCAGAUAUCCUCGUCGUUCAUGGAGUCGCCGCCGCCGCCGUUGCCGCUGCCGCACCUCGACGGGCCCUUCUUCGGCGCCGACCUGCUCCCCUCCGCCCGCCUCCGCCGGAUGCGCGGGUACCGCCCUGCUCCCGGGGGCCUCGAAGAAGAGAUCAUGAUGUUUCAAACAAGAGUGUUGUUGGGGGGAAUGAGUAUGUAUGAUCGGUACCAGGAUUGGCGCCUCGAUGUUGAUAACAUGAGUUAUGAGGAGUUGCUUGAGCUUGGAGAAAGAAUCGGUCACGUCAACACAGGGCUACGUGAGGACGAGAUAAUUCGCAACCUUAGGAAGGUCAAGCACCCAGCCUUUGAUUCCUCAUUCCGGUUUCCAACGGAAGUAGAAAAGAAGUGCAGUAUUUGUCAAGAGGAGUUUGAAGCAAAUGACGAGAUGGGGAGGCUGCAUUGUGGCCACAGCUACCAUGUCUACUGCAUCAAGCAAUGGCUUUCUCAGAAGAACGUUUGCCCGGUUUGCAAGACUGCUGUCAGCAAGACUUGAACAACUCCAGGAUACGCCUAUUGUGUACCUGGUUGGAAGCUGAGAAGUAUGCUUGUUGUGUCUUGUACAGUCCGUCACAUGCAUUAUUGUAUAAACACAACAUCCAUUCUUUUGCAUUUCCAGAGAAAUGCUAUAUCGAGGGCCAGCUCUUAUCAAAUAUGUGGUUUCACUCCUUUGACAUGGGUGAUGCAAAAAGGUUUUGCAGGAGUAAAUCAGUUGUUUUUUGUUCAGUCGAUACACCUUCCUGUCUGGGGUUUGACUGGAAAUGAAGUUGGUUUAAGCUUUUGGGCUA